GGGUUCUCUCUCCAGCUCAGCCGCAGACCGUCUUUGGGACUUUGGGCCAAUCACGGAAUUGCUCCCUGCCUCAGUUUCUCCAAGUGGGGAUAAUGAUCCUACCUGUGUCUAGUCAGACUGUGAGCUCCUGGGCUCCAGGGACCGGCUCUCAGAGAGUCACACCCUGUCGUGACAGGGCCCCGAUCUCGGCCGUGGUCUGGGCGGCGCCCGGCGCGACGGGGCCCCAAUCUCGGCCGGGGUCUGGGCGGCGCCCGGCCCGACGGGGCCCUGAUCUUGGCCACGGCCACCAUAAUGACCCUAGAACUGAGGCAGUGAAAUUUCUGUUCCCCUUUUCUCGGGCGUUGGAGGGGAACCAGACUCAUGUUUUCGCUCCGUGACACCCUGGAAAGGUCGACGCAGCUCCUGGAAAGUCCCGGCCAGGCCCCGACCCUUCGUCUCAGCCUCUUUCCCGAGCUCUCACCGGUCAUUGGCGCGUCCGGAGCCGGUUCAUGCUUUCCAUGGGUGGGUUUGUGUCAUGGGGUGAGUGUCAGGAAACCCCAAUCCCCUGCCAGCGCCGGGGAGAGAACCCAGGAGUCCUGGUGCCCAGCCCGCACUUCCCUCUCAGGGCACUUAACACAUCUGAGUCCCAGUCUGAGGAAGUUUCUGAUGUGGUGUGGACCCCGGUUCCCCUUUGCGACCCCGGUCCCAGUCGGAGGCAGCGAAGCCUAGCUGGUUGUGAAGAUCCGGCUGUAAAAGCUGCAGCGGUGCUGGUCAGACCAGAGCAGCCAGCCCCCCGGAGCCCUGCCCGGAGAGACCCCCCUGCGCUGCGGUGGGAUUCCAGGACGAUGGGCCGACCCCAGAGGAACUGGGGGGUGCUGGCCCCCCUCUGUCUCCUCCUCCUCUUGCUCCUCACCCUCGGUGCCUCCUACAAGCCGGUCGUGGUCGUUCAUGGCCUUUUCGACAGCCCCUCAGUCUUCAGCCAGCUACUGCGCUUCAUCAACCAGGUCAGCCCGGAUGCCUGG